CUUGAACCCAUCAAUCUAUUUCUGUUCCGAGUCGGCAGCGUUGAAGAGCCUCUCGACCGUCUCUCGUAUCCUGCGUACAUUGGCAGCCGCCCGAAGCUGCUCCAAAGUCCUUGAGGUCUCGAUCAUCACGUUCUACAAUCCAGGCGAACUCUGCUAUUUUUGUCCGUCUGUAAACAGUGUUCGAGAUUACGGGCUCGGCACCCUCGACAACCCUAGAGUCUAUCACCUCUGAAGACAUUUGAGAGGAUCCCUGAAAUUCAAAUUUACGUGAACAUAUACCCGGACAGAUAUAUCUAUAUACGCUCCCCGGACAUCUCGUACACAAGUCAUGGCGACGAUCCAAUCAAUGCUGGUCCGGGCGAUUUAUUGCCAAUACUAGUAUUCAGACUACUCGGCGAAGUGCUUCAUUGGUUCAUUCCUUAAAGCAUGUCAAACAAAGUGUUGAGAUUGGCCUGCUCACGGGGAAUGCCGCCUUAUCCGAAUACGCAGAUGACCAGCUUUCGGUUGCGACAAACAAAUCCACCAACAAAGUGCAGCGCCUUCAAAGACCUCAGCAACUGACACUGGAGUUCAUUGACCCACAGGCAAUAAUAGAUAUGAUGUAUCUUUCCGUCUUGGCUAUACAGUGUCAGAUCCCAUCUCCAACUGCAUUGCCAUGUGCUCUUGGGUCGCCUGACCGAAGUCUGAGCGGGGGCAGGUCUACAAUGUUAAGGCAGAUUCGGUGGGUGGCUGAGCAUCUUCCGACCCGACUUGAGUUGAUCAACAGUCGGGGCAGAGUCCAGGCAGAGUCGAGGCAGAGUCGAUCUCGUGUUGGGUAUAAGUACACCUCAGUCCGGCGGCUCAGCUGCAUUAUACAGUAUGCCAUCUCAUCUCGUGUUGCGCGUACCACAGGUCCUUGCCGCCGCCUCUCGAGACGGCACACUCCGCGAUUUCAAGGAUAGGCACAGAUUCCACACUGUUCUAAAGCCCUGUAGAUACACCAAGACAACAUCCGAGUUCAGGCACAAAGGGUCCAGCUUAUGCUGAAAAGUCAUCAUCAGCCUGGCCUGAUACGCAUCAGCAUCCGCAGCCGCAACCAAUCCGAGCUCUGAAAACAGCACAGCACAGCCCUUUCCGAGCGCAUCCGAGCCCGGGCCCAGAAGCACCCACUCCUCCGACGUCCCCGGCUGGCCUUGGGAGUAAACCGCAUAUUGAAGUCCGAUCAUCUGAGUAUACAGAGGAUAUCCACUACAUCGGCACCGUGGUCCUCAGCGGAGCUAGCGGAUCAGAUCACUCGUUCAUUGUCUGUGCAGUUGUACUACGCUACACAACAAUCACCCUCCGAGAAAUCUACUAUCCUAGUGGCUGCCCGUGUCAUCCCAAGGAAGACCCCAAGGCCCACAAGAAGGGCAAGUGCAAACAGCAACCGCAUCAUCUAUCGUACGAUCUGAUCAACGAGUCGUCAUGGCCGGGCCACGCGCCGCCGACGCAGAUCGUGGCCGAGCGACCGGAACGAUCAGCCAGCCAGAGCAGCGAGAGGAGUUCCUCCAAUCACAGCGAGUCCGGCGAUUCGAGAUCCUCAAGAGUACGCCCUUGGGACUUGUUUACCCGCAGAACCUCCGGCUAGGAGUGGUAGAUGUCGACGACGACAAAGGAACAGACGCCACAGGGUUCGUCACCACCGAGAUGAAAUGGUGGAAAGUCCAAUUCGUCGUGCCACCCACGUUUGAGAUCUACCCUUCUUCUCACCCGGCCAACGAGGUCAAAUAUGGACUCGACCAGCACAAGCGCCGCCGCUCCAGCAGCGAAACCGCUCCCGCGCCGAGCCCAUCUUCGGCGAAAAACGAUCGAUCGGAGCCUUACCCCGUCGCAAAAGUCGAGUUCCCCCACAUCGACAACCUGUGGAAAUUAACAGUCGACAUCACGCUGUACCACAUCACGCCGGCCAUGCACUUCGACCCAACAGCGACAACAAGAACUGAUGACGCCGCUGCAGCUGCAGCCCAUAGCGAUGACCUGCGGACCCGCUGGGCCAUCAAACAAAUCAGGUGCCUCGGGCGCCAAUACUCCAUGACCUGCACCCACCCCGGAGGACGAAACGGCAGCAACAGCUACAUGUGGCGCAGCAGACCAAAAGCCGAAAUCCUCAAUUUGCCCGGCGUGGACGAUGGACAUCCCGCUGUGAACGGCAAUCUUGUCCUCGAAGACCCCGACGGCCGCAUUGUCGCCGUGUACAAACAGCGCCGCGACUUUAAGGUCAUGGGGGCACUGACCAUCUUUCUGGAUACUUUGGAACCAACGACGACGACGGACAUCGUUUCUGAGCAGGGCCAGCAGCCGUCCGGUGAGCUGGAGCCUGAGCGUUCGCCGCGUCCGACAGUCGAAGCUGUCGUGGCCAGCACCCUUGCCGUGGUCCUAUUUGAGCGGAUUUCAUUCCGGUCGCUUGUGGGGAAGUGAGGCGAUGGUGAUGGGGUCCGUCAUCAAAAAGCCAGCAUCCAUUCCAUGUCGAAUUGCCAAAAAGAGGGCCAUGGAACUGGUGGCCAUGAUGAAGGGACUGUUUGUUUGUCACUGCAGGCUUUCGCAUCACAUCUCCCGCUCUAGUCCAAAGAUGAACCUACCAACCCACCUUCACGCUAAAAACGAUACCCGACUCCAACCACCUUUUCCUAUCUAAUGUUUCUUCCUUCCUUGCACGGCACGGUCAGUGGGAGCCCCAGAAAAUCUCCUUGGAGACUACAAGACCAACACUGCAUUGACCCUGUUUGUAUAUUCUGCCCUGCUUGAAGCAGUGUCUAGCUGCACCGCAUGGCAUGGCUCGGUAGUAUACCAACGUACUACUAUGACGAUACAUACAAUGUACAUCCAACAAUGUGUGAAAUAUAACUGUCCGAAUGCAAAGAAUACUCAUUCUCAUUCUAUUCUAUCUAUUACAACCAAGCUACCUAUACUUGCUCUGCCAUCACACCUAACAAUACCUCUUUCCACCACGCACACUGGCACACACGACCACUCGUGGCCCAACAUCCACCACCCCGCUGACUCUAAAGUACGUCUUGCAGCAAGGCGCAACUCCCUCAGGACCAUAGCCUUAGAUCUUCAUUCGACCCCAUCCAUCCGCACCUGUAUCUGCCAGGUAUCUGUAUCUGUCUGUUUGCUUGUUCGUUUGUCCGCAGACCACGCACGCGACAAGGCAGACAAGGCAGACAAUACAAUCAAUACCUACCUCCCUGAGGAAGGUAUGUACCUAUCAUCGAACAACUCCAAACCCCAAGACCUGCUUCAAAACCCACAAAGCAGCCCUGACCAGCCACCCUAUGAUCCCCACAACACCCAACACAACCCUGACAAUCCUCAUGACAAAGACGGUGACGGCCACAAAGACCAUGAGAUAUAAGGCGCUCCGAGCACAGUCGACCACAAACCCUGUGGGGGUCUCGCCCUUUUUCUUGUUCAGCUUGAGUUUCAACUUGCCUGUUUGGGAGUAAACAAGCAGAACAGCCCAAAGGCGCCAGCCUGUACUGGUCAUGAUCUGGCUCAUUUGCCAUGCUCGCUCGAGUACGUCCCAGCCGAGUUUGGUGAUGUGUGGAUGGUUCUUGAUCCACGUCUUGCCAUUGAAAACCAUUUCGCCAAAGUUGGUACUACUGUUGGCACAACUUCUUGAACCCAAAGCUCCCAAUCCCAGCCCUAAACCGGGGACUUGGAACUCGAAUGCUGUACUAGUUGUAGCAACGCUAGUUCCGCUGAUGUUGCGGCGGCCGCCGCCGCCUUGGCCUUUAGAAGACAACCCGGAACCGGAACAUGCUAUUGCCAACCCUACAGGAGUGGGAGCGGGUAUCCUGAGACGGGAUGAUGCUCCAAACGCACCUGGACUCUCGCUGGGAUAUGGUGGGCCGACGACUGCCGCUCCAAUAACAGGCGAGCUGGAGCUUCUCUGCCUCCUGUGUUUUCUUUGUUCGGGGACCAGAUUCUUGGAUCUCGAAAUACCAGUCGCACUGAGCGCUGCAAUGAGAGCAUCCGCGGAAUGGCCAGCCAAAUCUUCUUGAGACCGGGCUGCCGGCGUUCUCGGCUGAGCUGACAACUCAAUAGGAGUCGGACCGUGCUCGAUCCUCGACUGUGGGUUGAUGGUGUUUGGUGACCUUCCAAGAGCUUUCUUGUCAUUGCUACUACCUUUAACAUCGUUGACAUCAUCCCAGUCGUCGAUCUCGCUGGCGCUACUGGGGCUAUGCACAUCUGACCAUAUGCUCUUCGUGGGACUAGCCCUGGAGCUCGGACUCGGAUGCCCCAGACACCCUUCAUGACAGUCCUCGUCUUUGCAACAAUCCGGACUACAGAUCGUGUGGUCCCGUUCAUCGACGACGUCGGUUGUUUCCGAGCGUGAACAAUUCACCUGGGUCAUCUGGUCACCAAUCUCCUCCGGCAGUCCUGGAAGGGGACUGCCUGUUGGGUGCAGUUGCUUAUAGUCCCCGCUUGCUUCGCCGUCGGCCUUCUGGUGGACGAACAUAGGGGUGACACCAUCCGUACUGCGAGGCUUGACGUCCACGAAUCCGUGGUGACAACGGCUGCAUUUCCUCAGCAGACCAAGACCGCUGGCGGGCGGUUCGGUAAUGAGAGGCGCGGGCUUGGGUGCUUCGCGGCUGGGUUGCCGAAGUUUCAGAGGUGGCGGAACGAGGUCGAUCUCGGGCUCUGGUGGAUUGAGUCUGGGCUCGAGCUGGAGUCUUUCGUCUCUGUUCGGAUCUGAAUACCGUACUUCGGUGGUGUCUGCUCGGUUGGGGUUUGGUGCUAUUCUCGGUACGCCGUACAUGCCCUCCAGCCUUGUUGGCAUUGUGGGACGAGUCAUCGCCCUUGGUCUUAUCCUUGGAAGAGGAAUGGACAUCAGGUUGUCGGUAUUCAUGUUCAUGCCAGUGCUCAUGAUAGUGUCUGAUGAUCCGAUCGGAGGCGGUCGGGGCCCCAAAGCAUGACGGCCAGAACCCUGCAUCCCUGACUCCGACAUCAAAGGCCUCGGGCCGAUCCGAAGUGGUCGUGGCAUCCCUUGCCUGUUCGAAAACGUGUCUAUGGCUGUGGUAGUGAUACUCGAUGACAGGCUGUACUCCUGUUGUUGCCUGUUUGAUGGCUUUGUCGCUGGACCAGGCAUUGACCUGGGCCCUUCGGCUCGCAGCCUGGGCAUGCCCAUCGGUGGUAUUGAUAGCUUCGGUGGGUUGUCGUAGACGGGUACUGGCAUCAUUCUUUCUCCCAUGGGGAAGUCUGGCUUCUUCCUCGGUAAGGGGUACGUCGGCCUCAUUGCGCGGAUGUACGGGUAUGCUGGGUCGCCUCCUCUGGGCCCCUGCGGUGAUGCGUUCUCCAUCAUCGAUGAGUUGCUGGUCUUCCCUCUGCUUUCCCUAAUUUGCAUCGGAUUCACGGUCAGUUCCGGCUUCAACGGGGAUGGGCCACUGUUCGUCGGCAGACAUGGUAGUUCUUUUUCGACUGAAGGAAGUCCACAGAUGUUUGAGGUUUUUGAACUUUGGCCGUUGGCUCCCGUUGUCGCCAGGCGUUGGCCUAAAAAAGACUCUUCGGCAGCUUUUCCUUGGUCGAGACUGAUAUUGGGAGAUGUGCUCUGUGGUGGAAGUGUGGGCAAGUCUUUAUCGACGUUGUAUGGAGUCUCAAUCCGCCACCUGAGAGGACCAGGAGCCGAAGAAGAUCGCAUAUCGGCGUUGAAUCUAGGCUUCUUGAGAACUGUCUCGUCGCUGUUGUUGGUGACAUCCAGCCCUUGAGAGUCAUCGCCCCUUGCGCUCUUCGCUGGAGGACUCCCAACGGGUUUCCGGCGGACCGUUGGUUCGUCUCUCGAUUCACCAAGUGAGGUCAAGGCUGCUGCAUUUUCGCUUGGAGGUCCUUGGCCGUCGGUACGCUGGGUAGGGUCGUACGUCGGACUCCUCUCCUGCGCUGCCACCCCUACAGGUGCAGUUGGCGGUCUGCCAUAACCGGACCACGCCCUCUGAUGCCUCGCCACUGAACUGUCACGGUUAGCAGAUGACAGUCUCGGUGGCGUCCGCAGUGGACGGUAUUGUCGUUCCGGCAAUCCAGGUCUCCUCCCAUAGGCAGCUGGGAGUAAUGGUUGGUCCAUAUCUGAACUGACCCAUUGAUCCCCUCUUUGCCUCCACCGAUUUUGAUCUGCAGGAGCUGGUGGCCGAGAUGUCUCCCCUUGGUCGAGGGAACUGCUAGCACUGUGAGAGCCGGGGGUAACAACGCCUGUUCUUGGAUUUGCACCACGGGCAACGAGAUAAUCAUCCCGAUCGACCGGCUGGUGCAUUUUCGAGGAUAGUCCAACCGCUGGUUGGUGUCUUAUGUCGUGUCUGUCCGCCGGGGCUUUGGAUGGCCGGCGCUCUGUAGGUCUGCUGUGGCCGACAAAGAUGGUUGUCCUUCGACUUGACUGAUCCAAGGGGAUGGACAGGAUAUCCACCCCCUCCGAAAUGGUCACCGUCGGCUGGCCUCCAGAAUGCUGGUGCUCACUGUCAUCGGGCAGCUCGAAGAUGUUACUUGGAAUUUGACUUUCUUCGUAUCGUCUGACAGCGUGUGAUUGUGCGCGUGCCCUGGCGGCAGGUGAGGAUUCACCACGAGCGUAAUUUCUAUGAGUUGCUGAUUCUGUGAUUCGAUACCGGUCAAACUUCCCUGUGCUUCGUAGGUAAUGCUCACGCUGGGUGCCGUCGUACUCCUGACUCCUGAGCAGGCUUUGCUGCGUAUCACUGAGGCAAGAGAUAGAUGAUGAUACUAUACGAUCUCGUCGACGACGAGCUGAAAAAAGGGAGGUCUCGAACGACUUUGAGGUGGUGAAGGGCAUUGUAGAUGUAAAGGCGGUUGCUAUGAUAUGCAAAGCAUGGAAAGGGCAUAUACUGGUCUGUGCAUAAGCGUGGUGUUGCGGACAACGCCCCACAUCAACUGGUAUUUUGAGAUCUGGUUACUCGGACUGCCACCAAAUUGAGACAUGGGCUUGGACCGUGCAGUUUCCAGGAAGUCGCGACCGUGGUCGACGCUUCAGGCAGAAUAGAGCCAACGGGUGGGAGCUGAAGCCAUAUAUCAACCAUUACCAUCGAAUUGUCUGUAACUGGACCUAGAAACGCCCGCUCUCUCGUCUAUGUCUAUCGGGCGUCAGGUGGCCCCAUCGCUGAGAUGCCGCAACGGUAUUGACUCCUGCAGCAGGUACACUCAUACGUUUGUCCGGGCUCGUCGACCGCUUUUCUGGACUUCCGGCCACUCUGUCCCGCGAGAAAGUGGUUGACGCACUCUUCCUAAGAGGCGACGCUGCGUGGGAAUAAACACCUAGACUACCUCCGUCACUUCCAGAGGUCAUUGGACGGAAAUUCGGUUGCCUGA